AUGAUUUCCAUAAUUAAGUCUAAGAAAAUAUAUGAUAUUCCGAUCCCAUUUGAUGAUAAUUCUGUUAUUGUAACCAGCUUCCCUUCAGAUCUUCGAUAUUUAAGACAAAAUGCAGUAAAUAUUGUUAAAAAGACAAUAGCUGCCACUAAUAAGAACAUUAAUCUCAGUCUUAAUAUUAGUAAUAAAGGAAGCCAUAAAAUUGCGGAUCUUUCUAAAGCAGAUAUUUUAUUGGAAUAUGCCAAUGGUUUGACAUUUUUUACAAAGAAUCAUUUUGCAUCUUUAGAAUUACAAAAUGAAAUUAUUACAUGUUUGAUUAAUGUUGGGUUUUUCUACCAGAAUGUCGCCUUAGAUAUGUUACAAAAUGCAUAUGGAUCAUCACUUAAUGAUUCAGAUAACCUAUGGACUACUAGUGGAACAUAUUUGAAAAAAGGGUUAGGUAUCUUAGAAUAUUUGAAAAGUGUCAUACCUAAUUUCAUUGACAUUGACUUGUUUAAAAGAUUAUCUGAGAUGAUAGAAGAAUAUAAAUUGAUUCAACAAUUAGGAAUUUUACUAUUAUCUUUGACUAAAUUGAAAAGAUCGUUAUCUAAUGGUAGUGGAGACCAAUUAAAUUUGCAGACAAAGGACUUAAAGGAAGCUUCAAGUACAUGCCUUUUUUACUCUAAAAUUUCAGUGGGUUGUCUUGAGACUUGUAUACAACUAGGUAAAGGGCGUGUAAUAAAUAAUACGUUGAAAGAUUACCUCCAAGGUCUAAUAUAUCUUCUAUUAUCUAUGGAUCAAUUUAGAAAUGAACAAUGUGGGGUGGCUAUCGGGAUGUUAGAACAAUCUAUAAAUUCAUUCAGCAAUAUAAUACCGAGAUCAGCAUUAACAUCUACUGUCCUUUCCACUUCUAAAAUAAAGCUGAAACCUAUUAAUAGAAUGAAGAGUUCAUUUAAGAGUACAUUAUUGAAAGCCAGACAAACAUCAAAAAGUACUACUAGAAACGAUACUCAUCAUGCUAAUAAUAAUAAUAAUAAUUUGUUACCUGCACUUAAUGACACAUUAGAAAAUUUUAUUAUUCCACUCAUAAGUUUAUUAGAUUAUGUUUAUCAUCACACUAAUGAUAAGUUAUUUUUUCAACCUGUAAUUACAAGUGAGUUUGAAUUGAAAAAAUUUCUUCCAAAGGGUAAGUCUCCACAGUUAGAAUCUUUACCUUGGUGGUUUAAUAACGGUAAGAUUGAAGAAUAUAGAGGAAACAUGAGAUCUGUCCAAGAAUCGUUAUUUUAA